AUGAAGCUGAUUGGUCUGCUGCUGCUAGCUCUCGUCUCAUUGGUGGAGGGGGAGGAGAUCGCCAACAGCAGGAGAGGUGUUCCCUCUUUUGCUUUCCCCGCCUUCUUCGGGAGGAGCUGCGCGUCAAGUUUCCCACAAUCCCACACUGAGGAAGGGGAGGAGCUGCGCGUCAAGUUUCCCACAAUCCCACACUGGGGAAGGGGAGGAGCUGCGCGUCAAGUUUCCCACAAUCCCACACUGGGGAAGGGGAGGAGCUGCGCCUCCUUUACCGCCACUUGUCCCGACUUCUUCGUUAAGGACCGGAACACACCGGUCACUCCUACUGUAUUCCGGGGAGCGCAGUUCGUGCAGAUCUGCCAGAAGUACAAGAACGUCUACCGCUACGCCACGCUGUACGACACCCGGAACAGGAUCCCCGUCUACUCGGCCUACACGUACGCUGGAUACGCACAGACAACAAGAUCAGGGUCCUGGAUGAUUGAGCCCCAGCUUGAUGAUCCCAGGGCACAGCCAGAGAUGGGCACUGAGGGGAAAGUACCCGGGGACAGCCUGGGCGCCCACCAGGCGGUGAACCGUGACUACGAGAACACUGGCUACCAGAAGGGCCACGUCUACCCCCACUGCCACAACUGUGAUAAGGACCAGGCGGAGUCCACCUUCACCCUGACCAACGCCGCCCCACAGACAGGAGCAGAUAACACCCAGUGGUUCAACCAGGUGGAGAAGCAAGUUACUGCCGAUAUUGGCAAAGGCUGUAAACCCAACACUUUCCAGGGAAAAGUUGGAUUAACACCAAAUGUAGUCAAGAACAGAGUGAACAUCCCCAGUUACUAUUGGUCAGCUGUCUGUUGUGAAGACAACAAUAAGAAGUUUACUUCCUGGGGCUACGUGUUACAAAUGAAUGGUUAUGGAAGCUCAACUGCAGCGCUCUACCCACUAAAUCAGCUGAACAGUGACCUUACAAAUGAAUAUAACGCCCCCUUUAAGGUGUUUGGGGCAAUUCAAGGCUGUUCUUAAAGUGUGUCUGUGUGUGUGUGUGUGUGUGAUGACCACUAUAAAUGUACUCCUGUACAGUAUAUAAUCAUAGACACACCUGUAUGUGUUCACUAGGGUGGUUCACAAAAUAAAUUUUCACCAAAUGCCAGAUCGCAUUUUGUCUUGUUCCAAUUGGCAUUGUAAGCAUCUGUACCAAAAAUGGAGUCAAUUGCUGCACAUUUAAGGGUGGCACACUUUUUCACAAUAUUGACACACACACACAAUACAUGAUGUUUUGGUAUCCGGAUAAAACCAUUGCAGAUGCUGCAUUGAAGAGCAUUGGAUGACAUUUGUGGUAUCUGUCAGAAGAACUCGUCGCCCUGGCAUUUUUUGAUGCUUAGCUCACUACACAUUGGUGGUGGUUAGUGAGGUCCCCUCUUCCAUGUGAAGCGCUUUGAGUGUUGAGAAAAGUGCUAAAUACAUGUAACGUGUUGUUGUUGUUGUUGUUGUUGUAGUUGUUGUUGUUGU